AUGCUCAAAAUACACACACACACUCUCUCACUCUCUGUCUCACACUCACACACACUCUCUCACUCUCUGUCUCACACUCACACACACACUCUCACUCUCCCUCAUGCAAUCUCGCUCUUUCUGACAUCCACACCACACUCUCACUCUCUCUCACACACUCUCACUCUCUCUCACACUCUCACUCUCUCUCACACUCUCACUCUCUCUCACACACAUACCACACUCUCAAUCUCCCACACUCUCUCUCUCACACACACACCACACUCACUCUCUCUUACACACUCUCACUCUCUCUCACAUACAUACCACACUCUCAAUCUCCCACUCUCUCUCUCACACACACACCACACUCACUCUCUCUUACACACUCUCACUCUCUCUCACACACUCUUUCUCUCACACACAUACCACACACUCAAUCUCCCACACUCUCUCUCUCACACUCUCACUCUCUCUGUCUCACACACUCUCAUUCUCUCUCACACUCUCACUCUCAAUCUCCCACACUCUCUCUCUCACACUCUCACUCUCUCUGUCUCACACACUCUCAUUCUCUCUCACACUCUCACUCUCUCUCACACACUCUUUCUCUCACACACAUACCACACACUCAAUCUCCCACACUCUCUCUCUCACACUCUCACUCUCUCUGUCUCACACACUCUCAUUCUCUCACACUCUCACACUCAAUCUCCCACACUCUCUCUCUCACACUCUCACUCUCUCUGUCUCACACACUCUCAUUCUCUCUCACACUCUCACUCUCUCUCACACACUCUUUCUCUCACACACAUACCACACACUCAAUCUCCCACACUCUCUCUCUCACACUCUCACUCUCUCUGUCUCACACACUCUCAUUCUCUCACACUCUCACACUCAAUCUCCCACACUCUCUCUCUCACACUCUCACUCUCUCUGUCUCACACACUCUCAUUCUCUCUCACACUCUCACUCUCUCUCACACACUCUUUCUCUCACACACAUACCACACACUCAAUCUCCCACACUCUCUCUCUCACACUCUCACUCUCUCUCACACACACACCACACUAA